GUUAAAUUGGACUAUCAAAAAAUAAAAUAAUCAUGAAUUCCCAACCUUCUUAAAAAAAAAAAAAAAAACAAGAUUGGUAUUUGUAAACAUAUUUAGUAGGCUAUCUCAAGUUCACAUCUUAACUUUGGCAGCCCUAAAAAUAUAUAUAUAUAUAUUUUUCUCACGCGGUGGAUAUUCCACAGGCCCUCUAGCGGACCCGUUUGUACAGUAAGUUCUGCAGUAACAUUUCGUUAUAAUUACUUAAACAUCUCGUACGACCGCCCUUGUAAUUUGAGUGAAUUCUACGGCCAAGAUCUUGCCCAUUAUCAGCAUUCCUCCAGAAACAGCUUUAGUUAUAAACAUAAAAGAGACACUCAUUCAAAUGUUAUCUGUUCUCUGCUGCCCAUGAGAAGGCGCUCAAAGCAAUGGCCCCUGUCCCGCGAGGGCUGCUCUACUGUUUCGUGGAAUGUACCAACUCAGAGGAGAGAGGGGUUCUGUGUUUAUAUGGACGAGCGCGCGCUGCGUGUAGUAACUUCAGCACCUGGACAGCGACCUCCGCGAGACAGGCGUCACAUACUGAAGCGCGCGGCGCCACGCGCUUCGACAUGGCUUGAAAUACCGCAUUAAAGUGCUCCACAGUAGUCUUUUGUUGUUGAAAAGCCGGACUGUUGCGCUGAAAUAUAUCCACACUGAGUAUCAGAACCGAAAAGCGUCGGUUAGUGCGGGUCUCGCUCAUCUAGAGGCUUCGCUCUGUGGAGCUGCUCUUCCGGACAGCGCGCGCGAGAAGGAAAAGUGACUGCGUCUCCGCUGAUCUCACUGUACUCGAAGAUGCAGACAACCACCGGGACCGGACUGAAGCUCUUGCUGUGGAUUUUAAGCCUCCUCAGCAUCUCUGAAGCAGCUUCUCCAUCAUCCCAAAAAUGUGAUGAAGCUCUGGUCACACCACUCCCCCAUAAUGCCUUCACCAGCUCCUCAGUGUUCACCAGUGGCUAUGCACCUGGAUACGCUAAGCUAAACAAAAGAGGAGGUGCAGGGGGCUGGUCUCCGCUGGACAGUGAUCAUUACCAGUGGCUGCAGGUCGACCUAGGAAGCAGAAAACAGGUCACAGCCAUCGCUACGCAGGGUCGAUAUAGCAGCUCUGAUUGGACAACACGCUACCGGCUGCUCUACAGUGACACAGGCAGAAACUGGAAACCAUACCAUCAAGAUGGCAACAUCUGGGCAUUUGCAGGUAACUCCAAUACAGAAAGUGUGGUCCGGCAUGAUCUUCAAAACCCUGUUGUGGCCCGUUAUUUGCGCAUCAUUCCUCUAGACUGGAGUGAAGAGGGACGAAUCGGCCUCAGGUUUGAGAUCUACGGGUGCCCGUACUGGGCAGAUGUGAUUAAUUUUGAUGGGCAGGGGGUGAUCUCAUACCGCUUUAAAAUGAAGAAGAUGAAGAUUUUGAAGGACGUGAUAGCCCUGAAGUUUAAAACAUCAGAGAGCGAAGGGGUGAUUCUGCACGGAGAAGGUCAACAGGGGGACUACAUCACCUUGGAGUUGAGGAGAGGCCGGCUCCUGCUGCAGAUAAACCUCGGAAGUAAUCAGUACGGCUCCAUCCUGGGCCAUACAUCUGUGACCAGCGGCAGUCUGCUGGACGAUCAUCAUUGGCAUUCUGUAGUAAUUGAGCGCUACAGGAGAAAUGUCAAUUUCACCCUUGAUCAGCAUACUCAGCACUUCCGCACCAACGGGGAGUUUGACCACCUUGACCUGGACUAUGAGCUGACUUUUGGAGGGAUGCCUUAUUCUGGGAAGCCAGUCUCAGGAGGUAGAAGAAACUUCAAAGGCUGCAUGGAGAGCAUCAACUACAAUGGAGAGAACAUCACUGACCUGGCCAGAAGAAAGAAACUGGACACUUCCAGCUUUCGCAACCUGACGUUCUCCUGCGUGGACACACACACGUUCCCCGUCUUCUUCAAUGGCACAAGCUUUCUACAGCUGCCGGGGAGGAGGGACCACAAUAUGGUGUCUGUGGGAUUCCAGUUCCGUUCCUGGAACCCCAGCGGCCUGCUCCUGUUCAGCUCCUUGGCAGAUGGAAUGCUGGAAUUGGCUCUAAACGAUGGAAAAGUCACAGCGCACAUUAAUGUCACCCAGCAGAAAAACAUGCGCGUGGACAUUGCAUCAGGUUCUGGUCUGAAUGAUGGAGAAUGGCAUGAUGUUCGCUUCCUGGCCAAAGAGAACUUUGCCAUGCUGACCAUUGAUGGGGAUGAAGCAUCGGCUGUGAGAACCAACUCACCUGUCCAGAUCACAACUGGAAGCACGUACCACUUUGGAGGUUAUUUUUUAAGAACCAGAGCAUCUCCCAUCCAGCGCUCGUUCCAGGGUUGCAUGCAGCUCAUUCAGGUGGACGAUCAGCUGGCUGACCUAACCGCAGUGGAGCAGGGAAGAAUGGGAGCCUUCGAGAACGUCAGCCUCGACAUGUGUGCCAUCAUUGACAGAUGUAUGCCAAACCACUGUGAACAUGGAGGCCGAUGCAGUCAGACCUGGGACAGCUUCACAUGCACCUGUGAUGGGACGGGGUACACUGGAGCCACCUGUCACACAUCUGUAUAUGAGCAAUCCUGUGAGGCCUACAAGCAUUUAGGAAGAUCAUCUGAUGCCUACUGGAUUGACCCAGAUGGAAGCGGACCGUUAGGGCCUUUUAAAGUCAUCUGCAACAUGACAGAGGACAAGGUGUGGACGACUGUGGUGAAUAACCUACCAGCACAGACGGCAGUGACUGGCUCCAGCCGGGAGAGAAGGACAGUAUUGCAGCUGAACUACAGUGCCUCUAUGGAGCAAGUCACAGCUAUAACCAACAGCGCUGAGCACUGCGAGCAGCACGUAGCCUAUGCCUGCCGAAUGUCACGCCUACUCAACACACCAGAUGGAACUCCUUACACAUGGUGGGUCGGCCGCGGUAGCGAGAAGCACUUUUACUGGGGCGGCUCUGCGCCUGGCAUUCAGAAAUGUGCAUGUGGCAUUGAGCGCAACUGCACCGACUCCAAAUACUACUGCAACUGUGAUGCCGACCAGAAGCAGUGGAGGGAUGAUUCCGGGCUUCUGGUGUAUAAAGACCACUUACCGGUCAGCCAAGUGGCUGUCGGGGACACAAAUCGACCCGGCUCAGAGGCCAAGCUGACUGUGGGACCUCUCCGUUGCCAUGGAGACCGAAGCUACUGGAACGCGGCGUCCUUCAACAUGCCAUCUUCGUACCUGCAUUUCUCCACUUUUCAAGGAGAAACAAGUGCUGACAUCUCCUUUUACUUCAAGACCUCUGCUCCCUAUGGUGUCUUUCUGGAAAACCUUGGAAACACGGAUUUCAUCCGUCUGGAGUUGAAAUCCCCAAUGGUGGUGUCGUUUUCGUUCGAUGUAGGAAACGGGCCGGUGGAACUGAACGUGUACUCUCCUACCCCACUGAACGAUGACCAGUGGCAUCGGGUCAGCGCAGAGAGGAACACUAAAGAGGCCAUUUUGCAACUAGACCAGAAAUACAAGGAGGUCAGACCUGCACCUACACAGGGACACACGCGCCUGGAGCUCUACAGCCAGCUUUUUGUGGGUGCAGCAGGAGGUCAGAGAGGAUUUCUCGGAUGCAUCCGCUCUUUGAAGAUGAACGGGGUGACCCUUGACUUAGAAAAGAGGGCAGAAGUCACUCCUGGUGUGAAGCCUGGUUGUUCGGGUCACUGCACCAGUUUUGGGAUGUAUUGCCGUAAUGGCGGCAAGUGUGUGGAGAAAUACAAUGGCUAUUCCUGUGACUGCACAACCACAGCUUAUGAUGGGCCUUUCUGUUCAAAAGACGUUGGCGGUUUCUUUGAGGCGGGAACACUGGUCAAGUAUAAUCUGGUACCUGAAGUGGUGGCUGCAGCCUCCAGCCUGGAUGAGAAGAGCGUAAUCCACCACCAGCCCGCCGAGACCAACCUGACACGAGAAGACCUGACCUUCAGUUUUAGCACCUCUACUUCUCCCAGCCUUCUGGUCUAUGUCAGCUCAAAGACCCAGGAUUACAUGGCCGUGGUGCUCCAUCACAAUGGUACCCUGCAGCUGCGGUACAACUUGGGUGGUCUCAGAGAACCCUUCACCAUUGACAUUGACCAGAGGAACUUGGCCAAUGGGCAGCCCCACACCGUCAACAUCUCCCGGGUGGAGAGAAACAUAGAAGUACAGCUGGAUCAUUAUCCUCCCGUCACCUACUCCCUGCCCGAAGCCUCAGACACUCAGUUCACCCUGGUCAAGUCACUCUUUCUGGGUAAAGUCUUUGAAACUGGUUACAUCGAUCCAGUGCUUAUUGAAAAAUACAACACACCCGGGUUUGUGGGUUGCCUGUCCAGAGUGCAGUUCAACAGCAUUGCCCCUCUGAAAGCCGCACUGAGGUCCCGUGGUUCUGCACCCGUCUCACACCAGGGUAAACUGGUGGAAUCCAACUGCGGAGCAUCACCCCUCACUAUCCCACCCAUGUCUGCUGCAACCGACCCAUGGCACCUAGAUGCAGGUGCUGAUUUCCCCUUCAAUGAGGAAAGAGUGAUACCAGAUGGAGUUAAUAGGAAUUCAGCUAUAAUAGGAGGUAUCAUUGCAGUGGUGAUCUUCACUAUUCUGUGCACUCUGGUGUUUCUGAUCCGGUACAUGUUCCGCCAUAAAGGCACCUACCACACCAACGAGGCCAAGGGGGGAGAGUCGUCCGAGUCCGCUGACGCGGCCAUCAUCAGCACCGAGCCCAAUUUCACAGAGACCAUCGAUGAAAGCAAGAAGGAAUGGUUCAUCUAAUAGGGGUGUACAGACUCUUUCAGAAUCUUUUUUUCAGUAUCAGAACUAAUGUUUUGGGAUCAAACUCAUCACCAGUUUGAGAAACUGUCCUGUACAUAGUGACUGGCUUGUCUCUUUCUAUUGUGUUUUGGCAAAAGUCUUUUAAGUGUGUAAUCUCUGGAUCACAUCUUAAUAAAUCAUUUCACCAUGUGUUCUUUUUUUACAGAAACAAUUAUUUGCCAAAAUCCUUUCUUCUUUUUUUGUGUUCUUUUGCUUAAUCUUACAAAAAGUCCUUGUGUGGAAAAUGUUUUAGAAAGACUGUAAAUGUUAAAUGCUCUAUAUGAAUAUUUUAUUUAAUUCACUGCACAAACGACAGAGAUUUAAUUUUAAGAUGACAUUAGAUUGUAUAUCAUCAGUAUUUCAUUGAGGGGAAGAAAAUCAAGGCAUGCACCAAGAAUUAUGUCAAAUCCACACUGUCUAUUUGUAGCCUUGUGCACAGCUAUUCUCAUUUAUUUCCUGUGGAAGCCUUCAGCUUAUUGUUCCUUGCCAAACACCUCUCAGUCUUAAGCAUUUGUUUUGCUGAAGGCAUGUAUCAUGGCAUAAAGAUGUUAUUUUGAGAGAUCAUAUUGUCUGUGAUUCAUUUUUGCAGGCUGUGGUAAAGCGCUGGCACAGUGACAUCUAUCUGGCAGAUUAACACCCAAAUUUAUACCAUCAGCAUUUGUCAUUCUAGAUGAAGGUGGAACCACUGACACCCAAUGUAAUGACUUAAUUCAAGGUGCCUUUAGGAUUCAGCCAGCUGUCAAUGUAGAAGUUACUUCAUCUGGUUAAAUCGGUAAAGGAGAAUCCUAACAGAUCAAACGGCUGUUUGUAUUUACUGAUAUAUUUGUCUGAGCGGAAAGUAGACCCAAUGUUCAUGAGUUUAGGCACUGUUUACACUAGUGCAUUUUCAUUUUAAAAUGGCGUUUUACAAUGAAAACGAUCCUCGUCUACACUGAUAUUUCCACUGCGUUUCAGAACCGAUCUCCGUCCACACUACAUGACCGAAAACGCAUGUCACAUGACCAUUCAUGCACGCUGGGCAUGUGUGUACAAGUGUAAACGGUUGCCUUUGUGCAAAAAUGCAGAGUUUAACUACACAAUUGCUGCUAAAAAUGAUGACAAAGCUAGCAAAGAUUGCAGUUCAGUUUCCAUGUUAGUGUUGACACGGUCGUCAAGGAUACACAGAGCGAACGUGGGCAGCCACGCCAUCGUUUUCAAAAGUCUCAGUUUUGGUCUGUUUACACUGAAACGCAGCCCUGGCGUUUUUAAACUAAAACGAGCUCUGCCGUUUUUUUUGAAAGCCUCCAUUUUUGAGGGUCGAAACGGCGGAGUAGUGUAAACAACAGGCGUAACCGUCGCAAAAGUUAUGCGUUUUAAAACAAAAAAGCACUAGCGUAAACGGUCCCUUAAAAGUGUUUGGAAUGCUAAUGCUCUGAAUGAAACAUUUUAUUUUGCAUAUAUGCUACAACAUUUAAGAAAUUAUUGCACUGUGCAUUUUGUCAAAUUACAGCUGCUAUGUUGUCAAAAGCAUUUUCAUUGUUUUGUUGUUUUUUUGUAAAGUAUUAUUUACUUUUUAAAUAAAAUAUCAAAUAAAAAGUUCAUUUACAUGGGCUACAGAUUAGCCAUUCUCUCAGAGACUGGUUCACAGAUUGAUUUAAAAAAACUGAUGUUGCUCACCCUCAGAUUUAUAUGUAUUCAUUUGUGAUAAAUAUCUAUGUUUAGCAUUAUGACGCAUCUGCCAUGAAUUGGAAUAAUUCCGAGCACUUCAGUCUCUGAUCUGAAUAAUUCAUUAUAAUUCGUUCAAACUAAAUUUGAUCGUUGUCUCAUCAGCUCUCAUAUUUAUGUGGUUUUGCAAACAGUGAAUAUGCUUCUUAUAAUUCAGAUUAUAAUAUUACAGUGAUAUUAUUUUUGGAAGGUUUUGUGUGUAAUGUGUGUUUGGAAGGGUCUCUGUGUUCACAAUCACAUCUCAGACUAUAACCACAAGUUAAUUUUGUCAAAUAUUGAUAUUCAAAUUGACCUUUUGGAAAGGAUAAUGAGGGAUUGCAGAUUCAUGAGAAUGUAAGAGUCUUGAUGUUUCACACUUUUAUAAUCUAAUAUCAAAUUCUUCACCCCUCAUUUACAUUGAAAAUUUAAACAUUGUUUUGUAUAAUUGUAAGGUUAGUCAGUUAACAUUCACAAUAAAUGAAAUAUAUGAAUAUAUUUUUAUGAGGAUAUUUUGUAGAUUGCCUAGCCUUUCUUUCUGUCUCAUCUGUAUUAGGGAAAGCCUGAAUGUUCAAAAUGUUCUGAAGAUCUGUGAAGGGAAAAAAAAUACUUGAAUGUUCCUUGUAGUGAAGAAAGAAAGCUUAGAUCAUUUUAAUUGUUGUAAUAUGACCCCUUUUCAUUGACCUUUUACAGUAUUAUUCUUUAGACAUUUUGAGUUUGUUUUGUGAGAGUGAUUUUUUCCUCUUUUCAUGACGGGAGGUCUCUUGUAAACAAAAAAAUAAUAAUCAUGUUUUAUUAUUAUUCAGCUCAGUUUUGCUGCCUCUCAUGUGGCACAUGUAUAGGCCUUUUUAUUAAAUGUAAAUAUAGCUUUUUUUGACCACAACAAUUCAAGAAGGCUUUGACAUUUUAUUGUUUAUGAGUAAAUAUACAAGUGAAAGUAUAAACAAUAUAAUAUAUUUACUCACCUGUAUCUCAUAUUAUGAUUGCAUUCUGCUUGUGCAUUCAACUUGUUUUAACGGCAGCAUGACCACUGUAUGUGAAACUGUACAUACUGUACUUUAAACUAUUGUGCAAUAUCACAAUUGUAUUUACUCCUGGGGACAUUUUUUUACCUUUUGUUAUGAUGUUGAUGAGUCAGGAAUGAAUAGUAAAAUACUUUUUAUAUUUAGAGCAACUCGGUUCUCGACUGGCUGUUUAGCGUAAGAUAUUUGUACUGACCUCUUUUCAUCCAUCUCAUUAUUGUGUGAGGCCUGAUUGCAAAAUAAGAGAAUUCCUCAUCAAUGUGGCUAUUCUUAUGGGAAGGGAAUAAAAAGAAGUACCUAACAAA